AUGGACCAACGCUAUUAUACGCUUGCUGAAGGAUGUCCAUACCCGAGUGCCUCCACGUCCGUGCAGUUUCGAAAUAAUGGUGGCGGCGGCCCUGGCUUGUUGCAGGAUAUUCAGCUCAUUGAAACCCUGGCUCACUUUGCAAGAGAGAGAAUCCCCGAGAGAGUUGUCCACGCCAAAGCUGCUGGAGCUUUUGGUGAAUUCACAGUCACCGAUGACUGCUCGGACAUAACAUCCGCGAGCUUCCUGAGCAAAGUAGACAAAAAGACACCGUUCCUGUUGCGCAUUUCUACCGUUGGAGGAGAAGCUGGAUCGGCAGAUAGUUCGCGCGACGUGCAUGGCUGGGCUAUGAAGCUCUUCACAGAUGAAGGAAACCUAGACUGGGUGUUCAAUAACACGCCUGUAUUCUUUAUCAGAGAUCCAAUCAAGUUCCCAUCUUUGAACAGAUCGCACAAGCGACACCCUCAGACUCAUCUUCCUGAUCCAAAUAUGUUCUGGGAUUUUCACGUCGGAAAUCCUGAGAGUUUCCACGAACUGAUGCACUUCUUCAGCGAUAGAGGCACACCAGCAUCUCUUCGGCAUAUGAAUGCUUACAGCGGUCACACGUACAAGUUUACCAAAGAAGAUGGGUCAUUCAACUAUGUCAAAAUCCAAAUGAAAACCAGCGUCAAAAACCUGACCAAGGAGGAGUCUGUCAAUAUCGCCGGAGAGAACCCUGACUUCUUAUUACAGGAUCUUUUUGAAGCCAUUGAAAAGGGCGACUACCCGACUUGGACUGUGUAUGUCCAAGUUAUGAGCCCCGAACAAGCGGAAAACUAUAGAUGGAACAUCUUUGACAUGACAAAAGUCUGGCCGCAUAAGGAUUUCCCGCUGAGACGUAUUGGAAGCAUAACGCUGGAUCGUAACCCGCUUAACUACUUCACUGAUAUCGAGCAAGCUGCUUUCUCGCCGUCUACCAUGGUGCCUGGUUUUGCUCCGUCCGCUGAUCCAGUUCUCCAAGCAAGACUAUUUUCCUACCCAGAUGCAGCCCGGUAUCGACUAGGAGUAAACUACCAGCAGCUCCCCACAAACGCCCCGAAAGCACCCGUAUACUGUCCAUUCCAGCGUGACGGCCUCAUGAAUUUUUCAAACGACUACGGCGCAGAUCCAAACUACGUCGGCUCCUCACUCCAGCCAACCAAGUUCUACCAAGACGUCAAAGGUGUCAAGGCAAGCGCCCUGAGCACGUUCACGGAGCACGAGAAAUGGACAGGGGAGGUAUGCACUUUCCAAUCGCAUGUCACAGACGAGGAUUUUGUCCAGCCCGCUGCUCUGUGGGACGUUAUUGGGCGAGAGGCUGGUCAUCAGCAGAGAUUCUUCGGGAAUGUUGCUAUUCACCUUUGUCAGGUGAAGCACCCUUCGCUUCGUCAGGCUGUUUACGAUCUCUUCUCGCGUGUCAAUCCGGAUUUGGGAGCUGGUGUCAAGAAAGAAACCGAGGCUUUGGUAUCUCACUAA